GAAGUGUUAGGUUUUUUAAUUUGUUCAGGAACAAAUACUCGAUCCGCAAUUUAAAAGUCCGAAGACUCCUCAGCAGAGGGUGAGCUGAUUGACUCUUUGGCUUAUCAAGGGCAAAUCGCAUUUCUGAAAAGAGCUUGAAGUGGUUUUGUUUGUGAGGAGAGUUUGCUUUGUCCCCCACACUGAAAAGUAUACAGCAAAGCCCGAGCAUAGAAAAUAUCCUGAGCUUAAAUUUCUCAUUUUAUUGCCAUCAUAACUUUUCCUCUUGGAAUAAAAUCCUCUAUUUCAUAUGAGUAGGAGGUAAAGGUAGGGAAAGGAAAGUCAAGUAUCUCAAUUGUUAGGCUGAUUGCAUCCAAACAGACUUUAGAAGUCAGGGUUUGUAACGUGGCAGGAGAGCUGUUUGCGAUGUCCUGGGAAGAAAAGAAAGCCGGUUCCAACAGCGACUCUGGGGAAUGCACUCUCGGUCCCCCUGCCAUGCUUACUUAAGCUAAUUGAAGGUCUUGCCUUUCAGCAGCCGCUGCACUGGGAUACCAGACAAACAGCUCCCCUUGAUGCCAGGCAGGCAGGGCCCCUCUUCAGGACAUCAUUAAAAGCACAUGCACUUGCUCCACAUCCAUUGGCAGAUGGUGGCAAGAUUCAAGACUCCUACCCCGAAGUCAAGGAGAAGCCAUCGCGGUGGAAAACAUCCUCGCUUUGAAAAUCCAACACGAAAUUAAAGAACUACACGAGAUAAGGAGCCUGGAGAACAUUAGUUGGCUGCAGGGGUGAAGACAGACACAAAAAGCACAGCAGGUAAGAGCUGGGGGUUGUUGCCAACAAGGAACUGUCCCGGGUGGCGCAGAGAAAAGGAUCUCAGAACUGGAGGCCUGUCCCUUUGAGUCUUCCAUGCGUGCUCAAGCUUGUCAUCUUCCAUAAGCUUCGAGAGAAGGGACGUUGUCAGAGCAUUCCUUAUCGGUGCGACUAAUCCUGUUAUCAGCUUGGUUAUAAAUAUUUAAUGUUCCCUGGCCUUUCGGUGAUGGUGCCCCAUCAGAUUCAAGGCUGUUAAGAAUCCCCACCAGCAGCCUCGCCCCUCCCUGCGGAAAACCGAUGAGAGGCAGGGCCAAGCCGAAGCGAUGGCGGCCUAUCCGGAGAGCUGCGUGGACACUACGGUGCUGGACUUCGUCGCAGACCUGUCCCUGGCCUCCCCGAGACGCCCUCUCCUCUGUGACUUCGCACCCGGGGUCUCCUUGGGGGACCCAGCCCUUGCGCUCCGAGAGGGAAGACCCAGGAGGAUGGCGCGCUUUGAAGAGGGGGACCCAGAAGAAGAGGAGUGCGAAGUGGACCAGGGGGACGGAGAAGAGGAGGAGGAAGAGGAGCGCGGAAGAGGUGUCUGCCUAUUAGGCCGCCCCAAGAGGAAAAGGGUGAUCACCUACGCCCAGCGCCAGGCCGCCAACAUCCGCGAAAGGAAGCGGAUGUUCAACCUCAACGAGGCCUUUGACCAGCUGCGGAGGAAGGUGCCCACGUUUGCUUACGAGAAAAGGCUGUCCCGGAUCGAGACCCUCCGCCUGGCCAUCGUCUACAUCUCCUUCAUGACCGAGCUCUUGGAGAGCUGUGAGAAGAAGGAAAGCGGCUGAGCCUGGUGUGGAGAGUCUGCCCUUCCUCGUCUGGUAGUGCUGGGGUGUGUCAGGACCGGGCACUGGGUGAGGCUAAAGGGCCGGGAGGGAGGCCCCAAGACAGAACGUCUGGUCUUCUGGAGGUCGGGGUCGAGAUUGUAAGAUCCCCACAUCCGCUGAGCAGAGUGGCUGCUGUAGAGUUCAUAUCUACGCGACCGCCCUAAGUGAAGUCGGGGUCAGGGCCAAGCGGGGAAGUCAGAGAGCGUGAGGCU